GUUUUCCUUUCCACACGGUUUAGAGAUAAAUUCUUUUGAUUUCUUUUAUAGAUAUUUUAUCAAUGCAGCGCGGUUCAUUCCUUGGGUUAGUGUUGUGUUUACUGUUUGCACUACUUCUUUGUGUAGCACAAGGGGACUCUGCAAAUGCCCACGAUCGGCAUCCACAGUGGAUUCAUCAGCCCUCUUGGGAGUUUAUUGGUGGUGGAUUUCAUAUGCAAUUGGCUCUGGACUUCCCUACCUGGGCUGAUACGGUCCGUGUGUCCAUGACGAUUGAUAACACAUUUUUCUUUGAUAUUGAAGAAAUCCGUCUUCAUUACGUGAUCACUGCUGAAGACGUGUCGGACGAGGGAAAAGCGAGUCGGAAAAAGGAAACCAUCAAUCUUGUUCACUGCUACGCCCCUAUGCAGGUUGAGUCGGAGGUGGACUUCGACAUCGAGGCGCCCUCGUUUCACCUACCUUACCAUAACGCCACCGUAGUCCUUAAUUUUGAGCGAUUGGAUACUGUGGAGAGCGCGGCCGUGCACUUUCUCAAGGGGGGGAAACUUAUCCUUCCAAUUCAUGCUCGCUACCCGGAUGUGAUUCGCUCUUCAAAUGUUCAAGAUGGGUCCUUUUCUCCCAAAGUGUUGCUGCACGGCAGACAUGAUGCUUUUCAAAGCAGCUGUCUUCAUGAUCUACAAGUAUCUUGGACCUCAAGGGAAUUCGGAGAAGGCAAGAGUUCUAACAAAAAUCCUCUGUGCUUCCGCAUCCCCACUGCGGUGUUGGAAGAUCUUCCAAUGACGUAUUAUUCCCUUGUCGGUCUUCUCUGGCUUGGUGCGGCUCAAGUCUUUGCUUGCUUGUGUUUACCGAGGCUAGGUUGGAAUAAUCAGCAAAAGUGAUAUUUAUAACGUAACAUUAGAAAAUGGUUCUACUUUAUGUUUUUAA